GAGGCGUACAGCCUACUCGCAAAGCAGGCAAAGGGCAAGGCGCUCGUUCACCUCAUCCAGCAGGCUAUCGACGACCCAACGCUCUUCUCCUUCAACUACCUUCUCACAGCACCGCAUAUCGACGCACUCAGGCAAGACGGCGAUGAGAGCGACCUUCAGCAGCUCAGACUGCUUGAGCUCUUCUCCUACGGUACAUACAGUGACUAUACGCAACAUACACCAUCAUUACCCAGCAUCUCCCCGAAGGCGACUAGGAAACUCAAGAUUCUAAGUCUUUUGACACUCUGUCAUGCGCCAUCCAUCUCCUACGCCGACAUGAUGCAAGCGCUCGACCUUACUACCCCAGCACAAGCUGAAGAACUCGUCAUCGAAGCACUCUACGCGUCCCUCCUCUCUGGCAAACUCAAUAGCGCCCAACAAAUACUCACCGUUGAGUCAUGCGUCGGUCGGGAUUGUCGACCAGACACGCUCCCAGAGAUAGAAGACAAGUUGUCGCGAUGGCUAGAGACGUGUGAGGAUAUGAUGACUGCAUUACAGGCGCAA